ACCGAGUGUGAACACAAUGGAGAAUGGCAAAAUAAAAUCGAUAUUAAUCAAAAGUAUUCGGCGUGAAAUCGCAGCCAAUUGGAUUAUCCGAAUUGUUGUAUGCAAACUGUUUGUUAUACCUUUAGAAAUGAAGGAGUUUGAGCAAAGUUCUUCCGAAAUUGUAUCGACAAAAUUUAAAAAUGUUGGAAGUAGUUACUUAAAAUUAAAAGAAUCGAAAGAAAUAAAGCACAGUAUAUGCAAUAUAUCAGAAAUGCUUAAUACAGGGCUCGACUCACAUAUGCUAGAGAUUUGCAUAAAGUUGUUGGAAACAGGCAUACAUCCUCAAGCAAUAGCGGAAGUUAUUUUCAAGAUAAGGCAGAACCUUCAAUCUCUGGUUGGCAAACUUUUUGCAAUGGUUAUGAAGAAAUACAUCUAAAAAAGGUGACAUGGUAUGAAUUAAAUUGCAGAAACAUUGCUGUAACGUGCAUUUAAAGUUGCUUAAAUAAAUUAUCAGUAAAAUUCACUUUUUUUUUUGUUAACAUGUAUAGAUCUAACCACAUCAAAUACUCAUAGAAUAAAUUCAGUCUUUCGUUUCAUUAAUA